AUAUCUUCCUAGUUAGAGCCAUGCAUAAAUUCCAUCUAGACAAACCUUAACCAGAGAAAAGCAGCUAAGCUUUGAGUCAUUUCGGUAAAUGAGUUAGCCAGUUUAUUGACCCCCUGUUUAAAUAGACCUGUUGGACUUUCUCCUCCUCCAGUAGCUGACCACACAACAUCCCGAGCAUUUGCGCCUCCAGAGAUCCCUUCAUCCCCUCUGAUCAUGCCACCGGCUCUCCUCUCGCUCAUCCUUAUUGCCGUACACGCGUCUGUUCCCGCGGACUGUAGACCCAGGCUCCAGGAUUCAGAGGAGCAACAUCAGCAGGGCAGCAGCUUGCACAGAGGAACACAUGAUGCAGACUCAUCCGCUGGUACGGGUCGCUUCCACUCGCAGCCGAGCGGGUCGGAGAGACAAGGCGUUCGCAGAGACUUUCUUGUUCUUUUGCCGGUAAGAACAGCUUCAAGCAAUUUUGUGUCAAUAUUUGAUUUGAGAAGAAAACGAUUCCUGUGCAUGAGCUCAAAGGGAGAUCUGUACGACUCUAGACAAAGGGACAGAGAGGACUGUCUUUUCCAGCGCAUUUGGUUAGAUCUGACCGACCACCGAGAUGUGUUUUACUCCACGAGCGCGAGCCGGCUGCUCAGGCUGGGGGUGGACGAGGAGCGAAUGGCUCACAGGGAGCCGCCCGAACCCUCGUCAGCCCUUCUGGAGAGGUUCCUGAGCCCCCUGGUGAGGAGGCGGAGAAGGAGCGAGGAGGUGAAUCCCUCCGACCCGUUGAGAUCAGAAUCACACCCCUCGCACUCUGCGAAGGAUCACAAGGAUUCAGAUUACGUCCAGCCCGAACAGGAGCAGCCAGGCGCCGCGUCCAAGGAGGCCAAAGAGACCAUCACGUCCUGCGACGACCCCCUGAGGGUCCUGCAGUCCAACGGGCCUGGCAGCCCCGUCAAGAGCAACAUCGCAGAACGUGCAAAUCAAGAAUAAGACGACGAACUUUAAUUUAAUGGGAGAAAUAGUCGAGAGCAGCUGCACGUGUCGUUAUGUUCCUAAUGAAAAGUCGCUGUAUGUUUGGCUGCGGGGAACGGGGAGGUUUGCCUCUGGAUACCCUGUGCAGUAUCACAAAAUGACUCAAAUAGAAAUGUCACCAGUCACUAGGGAGGGCUUUGCUCUCUUACGAGGCGACCCGAAAGCAUUAAACAUUUAACAACUUCUGAGAAAAGAGAAUUAUAAAAUCCUGGAAAUUAUCAGAAGCUUUUAUGGGACUAUUACGCCCGGGUUUUGUACUCAUAAACCCGGUUACAUCACAGCUGCUCGUACAGGUCGCCUGCCCCCAAUAGCGGACGAAGGAUAAGUUUGGCAACGUUAUACACGGCUUCUGGUCCAGGGUCCCGCUGUCCUUUAACCUCUUUUUGUCUGUUAAAUUUUAAUCUUUGGGCCAGAUGUGGCAAUGUUUGUUUUGCAUAUGUAAAAAAAAAAAAAAAGAAAAAGAAAAGAAAAGUGUCAUAUGUACGUAAUUCUUAAUAUUUAUGAAUGUGUUGAGGGGAAGAAAACGAAAUCAGAGCUUGCUGUUGAAUAAAAUAUAUCACAAUCUAAAUGUGUCAGGUGCUGGACACCAACAGUCACAGCAAUGAGAGGUAUUUAUUUAUUGAAAUGUGUUAAAUGACCUUCCUUCAUAGCAAACUGUUUUAUUAUUUAUAUAUUUCGUGCUGUGUUGUUACUGAUGUGAAAAAAAAAAUAAAAAAAAGAAAUGGCGA